GGAGGCAGCCCAUUCCAGCAAGAUUGAGCCAGGCUUCCAUUCCCCUCUACUGAGUCAAAAGCUGUGGGCCGUCCUUGGGGGUCUGCCCAACAAGUGUGCGGGGACAGCAAAAAGAAAGAAAAAUGGGCACCCUUUACCAUAGUUCUUCAUUGCAUAAGUCCCUUGCUUUGAGCAUGGGGGGAUCUUGCGUCUCCGAUUACAUCAAGAAAUUUGCGACUAAAGAUAAGCCAGAAGACAAGGGUUCGAAAGGAAAGCAUGCCCCUCCCAAGAAAGGAAUACAGACAGAAAGCAAGAAUUCUCUGCAAGAAAACAAACCGGGAGCCCAAUUGGAUGAGCAAAACGGAACACGUGAAAAGGUAAACUUGUCCAGCGCAGUCCUUUCCGAGGAGGGCUUCAGACCAUGUGCUGCAGAGAAGAUGGCCCAGAUUGAACCCACAGAGCCUUUGGGAUGGGCGAACGGCUCCAAGGAUCGCCCCAGAGAAAAAGAAACUGCGAUCAGGGACAUUGUCCAGAAGGACGGUCCUUUCUGCUCGAGCGGCAGCAACCCGACAGAGACCCAAAGUAUGGAUCAAGACAACUUUCCCCAGAAACAGAUGACUCCACAAUGGAAGGGAGGAGAAAAAAGUGGACUCAACGCACCUGCUGGGGAAGAUGUGUCUUCUACCUCAAAGUCUGGCAGCGAAGUUAUAAGGACAAGGCCUUCAGUCAUUGCACAGAUGAAUGAUGCUCCAGACAAGACUUUGAGAAACAAAGAAGGAAGUGUUGGUAGCUCUGCAGGUAGACAUGCUGGUGGGUUGGCUCCAUUCUCUCUGCAGCCAACAGGUGAAGGAAGUAAGCAGCUGCAGGAACCUCCUAAAGCCAAGGAGCCCUCAAAGGACAGCAGGACUGAGCCGCCAGAAGAACUGAAAGGAAUCCAUUCUCCCAAUAAGAGGAGCGAGCAGAUUCCUAAACUCUCAGGUCCUCCUUCACCAGCACCACUUCCCAAGGCUGAAGACAAAGGAGAAAGUCAAUGCAAGACCCUCUUGUGUCCAGGUUCCACCCCAAAAGACUUUGGUGAAGACCUGGGAGCUUCAGGAAAAAGUCCCAAGGAGAUGGCAAAGACCAUCAAAGACGUCAAACCAGAAACUGUGGAAUCACGGAGAGUUUCUUUAGUGAGACGAGAAAGCAGAUCCAGACAGGGAGCAGAGAAAGUUUCAGAGGUCACUCCAUUCGUAGGAGCCACCAAAGCAGAAGAGAUGGUCAUUGAUGACAGUCCUCCUCCUCCAGCUCCUUUCGAGCAUCGCAUUGUGAGCAUCAAACAAACCGAGUUAACCGCUUUGUACACUGUAAGCCACGAUGAAGUCCUGGGAGGGGGCCGUUUUGGUCAAGUUCACAAGUGUACCGAAAAGUCCACGGGACUCUGCCUGGCCGCCAAGAUCAUCAAAGUGAAAUUAGCAAAAGAAAGGGAAGAAGUGAAGAAUGAGAUAAAUAUAAUGAACCAGUUAAGUCACGUCAAUCUCAUUCAACUCUAUGACGCUUUUGAGAGCAAGAACAACCUCACCUUAAUUAUGGAAUAUGUCGAUGGUGGGGAACUCUUUGAGCGGAUCGUAGAUGAAAACUACAAUCUUACCGAGUUGGAUGCUAUCUUAUUUACCAAACAAAUUUGCGAAGGAAUCUACUACCUGCAUCAACAGUACAUCCUCCAUCUUGAUCUGAAGCCCGAGAAUAUCCUCUGUGUGAGCUACAGUGGGAACCAGAUCAAAAUAAUUGAUUUCGGACUCGCAAGGAGGUACAAGCCUCGUGAGAAACUGAAAGUCAAUUUUGGCACGCCCGAAUUUUUGGCUCCCGAAGUCGUCAACUAUGAUUUUGUGUCCUUCCCAACGGACAUGUGGAGCGUAGGCAUCAUAGCGUACAUGCUGGUCAGUGGCUUGUCGCCUUUCCUUGGGGAGACUGACGCAGAGACCAUGAAUUACAUAAUCAACUGCAACUGGGAUUUUGAUGGAGAAGCAUUUGAGCAGGUUUCGGAAGAGGCCAAAGACUUUGUUUCCAGACUUCUAAUAAAGGAAAAAAGUGGCAGAAUAAGUGCAGCCAACUGCUUGAAACACGAGUGGCUGACCAACCUGUCUGCCAAGGCGAAGAGAUCAAAAGUUCGCUUGAAGUCUCAGAUGCUUCUACAGAGAUACGUGGCCCAGAAGAAGUGGAAGAAGCACUUCCAUGUGGUCGCAGCUGCCAACAGGUUGAGAAGAUUCCCUAACCAAACAGAGUCUCCAGCUGCUGAAGAUAACUGA